AUAAAUUACAUCCCUCAUCUUUUUAAGUGGGAGAACUUGCACAAUUGGUGGCUGACUAAAUACUUUUUUGCCCCACUGUAUGUCGGGCUAUAAGAGCGGUGCAUGGUGUGUGAUACCUGAGAGAAGAGAGUGAGCUCAGGUGUGCUUAUUCACCCCUAGGGACAGGAUGACACACUACUGAUAACAACAAUGAGCAGCAGCCAGAGAAUGACUGCCUUCUUCCUCCAUGUUGAAUUAUUAUGUUAUAUCUUGAUAGGUACCUUCAACAAUACUGAUGAACAUUGUUUGCUGUAGAACGUGCUUUGGUAUUUAUGUUGCACGUUUAGAGGUGACAGAAAAUGCUAAAAUAUGAUAUUGUUUUCACCAAGCGUCCCCUGCAUGCCAUGUGUACCUUUGUUUGAAUUUAAUGUGACCUUUUGUUUGACCUUUUUUUAUGACCUUUUAUAUUAAUGAAUUUUCUUAGGAAAACAGGUGCAACAUGUGCGCUCUCAGGCUACUGUAUGUGAAUUGUGUCUUGGGGCCAUUCAGUGGUUUCACCUUGACAGUGUGUGCUGAAGGAAUAGCAAACCUCUACAUAAUGCACAUUUAUUUCAAAGGGGGUUACAUUGUGAGUGGGUGGUACGAAUUUUGAUCAACCUCCAAAACCUCCACAUCCACUCCCCCAGACCCAAAUAGUUUAACAUUACUGAUCUUGCAAUCUGCCUCUGUGGUGUGCCCUUUUGCCUCAGAGGAAGUGAUGUGGCGACUGGCCCACGUUUGUACAGUAGUCAUGUUGCUGCUCUAUGCCAAAAGGGCCCCAGGACAGAUGAUGUCACCUAAACUAGGUUGAGAAAAUGGAGGGAUGACUACUAGAGUGGAGAAGAAAAUAGAUGCUUAGACAUUUGUUUUACUUAUAGAACAUUUUUAAAAAAGUAAGAAAUAUAUUUGUCAACCCCAUUGUAUGUAUGGACACAUAGCCCCAUAUAGUUUCAAUAGAUGUCUUCCAUAUGGGGCUAAAUUGACCCCCAAUUUAUAAUUUCAAUUAAAAGUAGCAGUAUAUACAGAAAUAUUUAUUUCAAAAAGUAAAAACUAGUAGGCCUGAGAAGAAAAGACUAAACUCAUGUCAGAUUAUACCUAUUCACUUGAUGGCUGUGUAGCGUAGGCUACAGAUGGCUUGAAAUGUGGGGAGAGAAGAGAUGCUCAUCCUUGCAUCACCAGGAGAUGUCGUUGCCUGUACCCGUACCUAAACAGCACAACGUUGUCUGACAGCAAGGGGAAUGUUAAAGACAAGGGAGCAUUGGAGAGAGCAAGCGCCGCUGCCUUCUCUGCUACACAGUGCACAACCCAGUGAACGGGUCUCCCUAGACUGCCCGAACCUAUAACGGUCUCUCUUGGCCAUUCGGUGGAUGCUGUCUUUUCGGGCAACACCAACGUCGGGCGUAAAGUGUGUUUUCGGACAAUUCGUAAGGAAUGCUUUACAUAUUUUACAUGGUUUGAAUUUUGGUUACCAAUCGAGGGGAGUCGAGAACAACGCGGUUCCCCGGCAUAUUUUACAAAGUUAUGCCAGUUCCCGACGCAACCUCUGACUCUUAGAACUUCACCAUGCUGAGCCCAGUACUAAACGCCUCCAAUGGAGACGGCGCCGAGACAGAGACCACGUCGGCCAUACUGGCCUCUGUCAAGGAACAGGAGCUGCAAUUUGAACGGCUGACUCGAGAGCUGGAAGCUGAACGGCAGAUUGUCGCCACCCAACUGGAGCGAUGCAAGCUAGGAUCUGAGACCGGCAGCAUGAGUAGCAUCAGUUCAGCGGAUGAUAAGUUUCGCUGGAAUAACCAAGACGGACAGAAGGACAUUGAGGAAGAACUGACGACCGGCUUGGAGCUGGUGGACUCCUGCAUUAGGUCACUCCAGGAAUCUGGGAUACUUGACUCCCAGGAAUUCUCCGCAGGCGACAGACAAGGCCUGCUAUCCCAGAGUGCACUACAGCUCAACAAUCAGGAUGGUUCACUCUCUUACCCAGCCGGUUACCUCAGCAACCAGGCACUAGAGGCCCUGCCCCGCAGUGGCCAGGUGGGAGGGGCAGUCCACAGUUACAACCAGGUGACGUCUAGCCGUGCGGCCCAGCUAGCUGCCAGUGUAGACUCCUCCCAGUCCAGAGAGUCGUUUGCCCAGGGCCAUGGCAGCGCCUUCCACAUGCCUGACGCCCCGCCAACUCCUUCCAUGUACUACUCUUGCUCCACCCUGCCUGCCCAACGUGUGAGCUCCCCCCACUCCAUGCAGGCUGUGGGCUCUCCCACCAAGCUUCAGCGCCUGGGCUCUGCCUCUGACAUGCCCAGCUACGCCACCCUGCAGCGGGUCUCCUCGCCCAAGCAGUCCCCCAGCCGGCUGGCCAAGUCCUACAGCACCAGCUCCCCCAUAAACAUGGUAGUUGGGUCUGCUGGGCUGUCCUCCACUUCCCCGCUGCACAUGGCUUCUUCAGGCAACGCCUCGGGCUCAUCCCCACUCCAUCAAUUCAGCUCUACCGUGGGUAACUACGCUACCCUGUCCCCCACCAAGCGCAUGCAGCACUCCUCGGACCAGUACAAGAUCUCCCACGAGCUGUAUGCAAACGCCACCCUCGGGAGGCCUGGCAGCCUGGCAGGAUCCAGGGGCUCUUAUAGCAGCCAGCACAGUCACCUGGGCUCCGAGCUGCGACCUCUCCAGUCUCCUGAGCACCACAUUGACCCCAUCUAUGAGGACAGGGUCUACCAGAAGCCUUCUAUCAGGAGUCUCAAUCAGAACCAGGCCCCGUCUUCCCCUGGUGUUGACUCCACCCCCUUGCAGCGUACAGGCAGCCAGAACGCCUCAGGCACUUUGCCAUACCAGAGAAGCAGCUUUGCCACUGCCUCUGCUGCGGACUACUCCAACCCGUACCGCACUCUCCAGUUCUGCCCGUCUACCGAGUCUCCCUACAGCAAGUCUGGCCCCGCCCUUCCCCCGGAGGCCGCACUGGCCCGCUCACCUUCUGUGGACAGUAUCCAGAAGGAUCCCAGGUACGACCCUGAAUUCCUUGUCUGGAAUCAAAAUCAAGCCGAGCAAAGAAUGACAAAGGAGUUUGGCUGGAGAGACCCAGAGCUGCCUGAGGUGAUUCAGAUGCUGCAGCACCAGUUCCCCUCGGUCCAGUCCAACGCUGCAGCCUACCUCCAACACCUGUGCUUCGGAGACAACAAGAUCAAGUCUGAGAUCCGAAGGCAGGGAGGAAUCCAGCUGCUGGUGGAUCUGCUGGAUCACAGGAUGACCGACGUGCACCGCAGCGCCUGUGGAGCUCUGAGAAACCUGGUGUACGGAAAGGCCAACGAUGACAACAAGAUCGCCCUGAAGAACUGUGGCGGGAUCCCAGCCCUGGUCCGCCUGCUGAGGAAGACCACCGAUGUGGAGAUCAGGGAGCUGCUUACAGGUGUGCUGUGGAACCUGUCGUCGUGUGAUGCCCUGAAGAUGCCCAUUAUCCAGGAUGCUCUGGCCGUGCUGACCAAUGCUGUCAUCAUCCCCCACUCGGGCUGGGACACCUCGCCCCAUCAGGAGGACCGCAAGCUGCACUUGCACUCCUCCCAGGUGCUCCGCAAUGCCACUGGCUGCCUCAGGAAUGUGAGCUCGGCGGGGGAGGAGGCUCGUAGGAGGAUGAGGGAGUGCGAGGGCCUCACUGACGCUCUGCUCUACGUGAUCCAGACCGCCUUGGGCAGCAGCGAGAUCGAUAGCAAGACCAUUGAAAACUGUGUGUGCAUUUUGAGGAACCUCUCGUAUCGACUAGCUGCAGAGACAUCUCAGGGACAGCAGAUAGGCACAGACGAGCUUGACGGAUUGCUUUGUGGCGAUGCCAACGGCAAGGAUGCCGAGAGCUCUGGUUGCUGGGGGAAGAAGAAAAAGAAAAAGAAGGCCCAUGAUCAGUGGGAUGGUGUUGGGCCCUUCCCGGACUCAGCUGACCCUCCCAAAGGCAUUCAGAUGCUGUGGCACCCCACCAUCGUCAAGCCCUACCUCACACUCUUGUCUGAGUGCUCCAACCCAGACACCCUGGAGGGGGCAGCCGGGGCUCUGCAGAACUUGGCUGCAGGCAGCUGGAAGGUACAGCACAGUACAUGGUCUGUGUAUAUCCGUGCGGCGGUGAGGAAAGAGAAGGGUCUGCCCAUCCUGGUGGAGCUCCUGAGGAUCGACAACGACAGGGUGGUGUGUGCCGUGGCCACAGCUUUAAGAAACAUGGCCUUAGACGUCAGAAACAAAGAACUCAUCGGCAAGUACGCAAUGAGAGACUUGGUCCACCGAUUGCCCGGGGGGAACAACAACAACAGCAGUGGUGGGACUGCUGCCAGUGCUAUUGGGAAGACCAUGUCGGACGACACUAUCACAGCUAUCUGCUGUGCCCUGCACGAGGUCAUCACUAAGAACAUGGAGAACACCAAGGCUCUGCGUGACGCUGGAGGCAUCGAGAAACUCAUCGGCAUCGCCAGGAGCAAAGGAGACAAACACACACCCAAAGUGGUAAAAGCAGCCUCUCAAGUCCUCAACAGUAUGUGGCAGUACAGAGACCUUCGCAGCCUCUACAAAAAGGAUGGAUAUUCUCAGUAUAAUUUUGUUGGCUCAUCCUCUACAAUAGAAAGAGAUAGACAAAGACCAUAUUCUUCCUCCCGCACCCCAUCCAUCUCGCCCGUACGGACAUCUCCAAAUAAUCGAUCGGCAAGUGCCCCUGCCUCUCCCCGAGAGAUGAUCAGCAUUAAGGAGAGGAAGACAGACUACGAAUCAACGGGCACCAAUGCCAGUUACCAUGGCAACAAGGGUGAGCACACUUCGAGGAAAGAUGCCAUGGCAGUUCAAAUUUCAAGUGGAACCUCAACAUUGUUCCGAGGUGCCUAUGUCUCUCCAAGUGAUGACAUCAAACACAACCAGGUCCCUUCCCAGGGCCCCAACCCAGGCCAGGAGCCCUACCCUCCGUUCCAGAACCCUCCUGGAGUACAGUUUGAGGAGGCAUUCUACGAGGACCAAGUGCACCAACGCCCUCCUCAGGCCACAGACUUGAACAUGCACCUGGGCCUCAAGUCCACCGGCAACUACGUGGACUUCUACUCAGCAUCCCGCCCAUAUAGUGAACUCAACUAUGAGACCAGUCACUACCCGGCCUCCCCAGACUCCUGGGUCUAGUGGACUAUAGAGGAAGGACUCGUCGUCAGCAGUGUGCUGGGAUAGGGGGAGAGGAGCCGAAAGAGAGAGUAAGACAAAAAGGCCACGCAUGCUUGCAUGCACAACACAAGACAUUUCUUCAGUGAGUUUAGUUUGUCCUAGAGAGCGAUGUCCCACGCCCAUGUGUCUUUGAAGAAAGAGAGAGAGAGAGAGAGAGAGAGAGAGAGAGAGAGAGAGAG